AUGUACAUUUUGGAGAUUUUAAAUUGGGAUGGAAAGUACAAUGACAACCUGAAAUAUAGAAGUGUUUGUAUGAAGAGCCUUAAUUCUCCUGUUUCUGAUGUCAUGCGACAAGGAAUUCCAGAGAAAAACCUUUGUUUAUUGUUUUGUGGCGGAUCGAAAUGUAAAUAUUGCAACCCUUCAUCAUUUUUCGACGUAACCAAAAUGCAUUUAAAUGGCUUAUACUCUACUUGGAUUACACAAAAUAUACUGGCAACAUCUAGACCAAGUGAAAAAUUAAUUAAAGAAUUUGAAAUAAUUGAGCAGUUUAAAAGAAUGAGUAUUCGUUCCAUAUUUAACAUGGAAACAGCAGGGGAACACAGUAGUUGCGGCUUUGGUUUACUCAGUUCUGGAUUUUCAUAUGACCCAUUAAGCUUCAUGAAAAACAAUAUUGCUUUUUACAAUUUUAGUUGGUAUGUAUCAGUUAUUUUGACAAAUAUCGUGUUAAGGUGUGACUACGAUGUCGCAUCACUGCAGUUCAUUUUGGAUACAGUGACGGUAAUCCAGUUUGCAAUAUUUAAAGGAAAAAUCGCAAUUCACUGUCAUGCCGGACUUGGUAGAACUGGUGUAAUAAUUGCCUGUUAUCUAGUAUUUAAUAACCGCAUCUCCGCUGGAGAAGCAAUACAAUAUGUUAGAUUCCGAAGACCAGGGUCUAUACAAACCCAGAAUCAAGUUGAAUGCGUAUAUAAAUUUGAAAAGUAUCUGAAUCCUUAUCGAAUAUAUUUCGGAUCACGCGGACAGUUCAGUUUAGAAGCAUUUCUUAAACAUCAGAACGUUUUAUUGCAUGGACCGGAAAGGAUAAGGCUAAGAAAUAUUCCAAAAAUUAUAUACAUGUGUUGCAAGCUGCUUGUCAGAAUCAUCGUGACAGGAUGCACAUCAGUACAAAUAGAUUCUUCAAACUAUAGAAAUCGAAUAGUGAGUGAUGAAAAUAAUUGUCAAUCAACAAAAAGGCUUUCCACAACAAAUGUUACACAAUCAGAAGCUUUUACUAGUUGCCAACCAGAUGAAACGACUGAACUAACGAGUACAACUGUAGAUUAUUCAUAUGGAAAAAAUUCUCCAAAUCAAAGUGUAGAUGAUAAUCAGUCUGUUGGUGCAAGCUCUGUUAUUGAAGCUCUGCUUACUACACAAUAUCCUGAAUCAGUUGUGAAUGAAACGGAAUAUUGGAAAAAAAAAUUCAACAAUGAUCCUGAAGCCUGGGAUGAUUUUGACAAAACUUCAUUCAAUGCAUUGGUCCUGGUAAAACUGAUAGAUGAUUGGUUGACACAUUUAAAGUCUCCAGUGCUUCGAAUGCAAGACUUGGUCAGCUUACAACAAAAUCCUUUAUUUGAAGAAGAUACAUUAACUUCUCUAGAGAUUUUCGAGAAACCAGUCGUUUGUUUAAUGAGUUUAUUUGCCAAAUUAAUAACUUAUCUUCAACCUUUAUCUGAACAAAUGGAACAUUUACUAAUAGAACGUGUUUUAAAUUGGUUAUGUCAAAAACAAUCGAAAUCUUUAAACAUUACAACAAAUACGAAGAAAUUCAAUGAACAAUUUAGAUGUUAUCAUACAAGAUUUGAUGAUUUAUUGCAAUUAGCUUUUAGAAUAAUGCAUUUUUUAAUUGAAUUUGUAAAAUCAAAAUGUACAUUAAUUGAAAGUGUUAAUCUGCUGUCUAAUUCUUUGCCUAUCAGUCAAUAG